GACCUCAUGAAUGUACACUCUUAUGUCGAAUAGUCGUUGGCCAGAAUAGAGUGAACAUCUAUUAAAUCGUGGACAGACUGUAAAAUCAGAAAAUUGCAUGGGGAAGCAUUGUUUAAUUUUUUGGAUAUUUAAAUGUUGACAAAACUGUACUGUAAUAACCAUUGGAAAAUAUAAUGAUUGAUUGUUGUCAGGCUUGGGAAAAGAAAUGUCUAUCUCAUGAGAUUUACAUCCCUGCUCCCUUGCUUGCCAAAAUAGCAAGUCUUGUUGCCGAAGAGGGCGUAGGAGAGCUUAAAAACUGGAUUCUGGCUGGUCGUGAAGGCGUGGAGGCUGCUUUGUCAUACGAAACACUAAGUCGGGUCCGUCUUGACAAGUCCCCACAUUUUAUUUGGUGGUCCAUGCCUCACUCAACAUACUACGCCUUCUUCCAGAAAUGUCUAUCUCAAAAAAACAAGUAUGCCAUGUUUGCUGAGAUGAGUAAAGGGUUGGCCUACGAAUCUUUGGUUAACUCUUGCUAUAGGAGGGGCCACUGGGCGUUGGCAUACAAACACUUCGUACCAACGCGUGUUGACUUCGGGGGACAACAGUCUGUUGGGUACUUGUACCAACCGCCGACAAUGCAUAGAGUCAUUGGCCAGCCAAGGUGCGGCCGUUGCACCCGUCCAGGUCACACCAAUCGCCAAUGCCGAUACCGUUUUCAACCGUAAUUUAACGUAAUAUGCGAUGAUGGGUUAAGCUUAAUUACUCAUCUACUAAGCUUUAUUAUGUACUUUGACGCCAACAUCCUUUUAAUAUCGUAUCUUUUGGUUCAUGUGGUUCAUUGCGUGUCUUGCAUUAGCUUUUAUUCAAGAGGUUUAUGUAUACUUUAAGACCAUACAGCAAUGCAAUUUCCCAAGUUACAGUUUCCCGGUCAAAAUAGUUUGUAUUAUGCUUAAGGUGUCCACAUUAUUUCGAACAUCAUGCAGUUUGAAUUGACUAUCUGAUUUCAAUAUGGAUAUUCAUCCUGGAAUGUCCACAUACAUCUGUUCACACACAUGUGUUCAUAAUAUAAUCACACUCGCAAA